UCUAGAGGAGUUUUGUAUAUUCCGAAAGACAACAACAUGGAAUCUGAAAUUGUGGAAAACAGAUUUUCAAAUCAAAACAUUACAGAUGAAGAAUCAGAACCUGAGACUGAAAUACCUGCUGAUGACACGAGGAAAACAGAUAAGAAGAAGAGAAAGCACGAAGAUCCUGGAAUAGUAUACCUGAGUCGUAUUCCCCCUUUGAUGAAUGUUAAAAUUAUCAGAAACAUGUUUUCUGUUUAUGGAGACGUUGGAAAAAUCUUUCUCCAGCCUGAUGACAAAGCAGCCAAUACAAAGAAAGGCAGGAUGUUUACAGAAGGAUGGGUGGAAUUUGAGGACAAGAAGGUGGCAAAAAGUGUGGCAACUAAAUUAAAUAGUAAACAAAUUGGUGGUAAAAAGAAAAGCAGAUGGUAUGAUGAAAUGUGGACAUUAAAAUAUUUACACAGAUUUAAGUGGGCACAUCUGAACGAAAGGUUAGCAUAUGAGAGAGCAGUACAUAAACAGAGGAUGAGAACUGAAAUAGCUCAGGUCAAACGUGAGGCAAACUUUUUUAUUCAAAAUGCAGAAAAAAGUCAGACAAUCAAGCAUAUAAAAGAAAGAAAGUUAAAAAGAGGAGAAAAGUUUGAUGAACCAAGUAGUGACAGAUCAAUUGAAGUGUCUCAGAGAUCGACAGAAGAGGAAAUUAUGAAUAAAAGAAAAAGAAAACUGUCAGCAAGAAUUUCAGAUAAGACAAUGAAAAAGCCAAAAGGGACAGAAACUGAAUUAGUGAAUAAGAAAUCUCUUGCAGCACAGAAGUCAUUCAUAAAUAAAUUAUUUUCUAAGUCAUCAGCAGCAAGCGACGAAGAUUAAUGAAAUAAAACAAUUAUCUUGACCUUCAUAUGUCCUUCAGGCCAAAAGUAAAAGAGCAUGGCCAUUGAUAGUAAAUUUCAUAAAACAUUUACUUUUUUUACAGUUUUUUCAAUUUUGGUUUGAAAUUAUCCAACAGAAGGCUAUAUUGCCAAUACAAAGGGCAACAUUUUUAAAAAGACAAGCUCAUGUAUCUGCUGACAGAGGUUCUUUUCAUAUUGAAAUCUCAAAAUCAUUGACAGGGUCAAAUUAUUGCUUAAACGGAAAGCAUCAUUUGUAUUUCGUAUUACAUGGAUUGAAUGCAUUAUUUAUUUCUACAAUUGGAAAUAAAACAUGUCGUGCUU